AUGCAGUCCACGGAAACAAACACCGAAAAACCCGACUGUUGCAAGCUACGUAGACUGAAGACAAGGGUCUCGGUUCUUGAAAGUGAUGUGAUGAAAAACUCGAUAGAUAUCGUUGGAAUAAACCACAUGCUGAUGUUAAUGUUGCCGAGCUCGGGGGCUGCCGCUAAAAAUGAUGUGUCGGCAGGAGAAAACCUUUUCGAGCUGGAUACUCUGAACGCGCAAUGCCACAAACCUACCUCGCCGACCACGUCCGCAUCCUUUACACUCGUCGCAGGCCCGCCUCCUGCGGAAACCUCGGAAAAUUUUUGGCCGCCACCUCCACCUCCUGAAGUAACCUCGGAAAACUUUUGGCCGCCACCUCCGCCUCCUGCUGUAACUUCGGAAAACUUUUGGCCACCUCCUCCGUCUUUUGCUGUAACCUCAGAACAUUUUUGGCUGCCUCCUCCGCCUCCUGCAGUAACUUCAGUAAACUUUUGGCCACCUCCUCCGUUUCAUGCUGUAACCUCAGAACAUUUUUGGCUGCCUCCUCCGCCUCCUGCUGUAACAUCGGAAAAUUUUUGGCUGCCUGCUCCGCCGCCACCGAUGACGACCGGCACGGCAGCGUUCCGCCGUUACCUUGCUGUGCAGAAGAUAUUAAUAAGAUAA